CCCGGAAAUUAGGUUUGUUUCCGCACCGAAAGGAUUUGCAUUUGCUCGUGGGAUAUUUAUCAUGGAUACACAAAGACAUGAUGCUGACGACGUGAGCGCCUCGACUCCGGUGUUGCGGAUAAGCCAACUUGACGCCUUCGAGUUGGACACGGCACUGGAGCAGCUCAUCUGGACACAGCUGAGCCGAUGCUUCCAGUACUUCAAACCAGGAUUCCUGACCCCCUGCGAAGCAGAGCUGAAGGCCCUCCUGCAGCUCCUCCUGUGGAGGUUCACCGUCUACUCCCACGGCGCCACCGUCGGCCAAUCCUUGCUCAACAUCCGGUACUGCAAUGACUCGAGCCAGGCCCAUGGGUUCCGGCCUCUGAUCCAGAGGCAGAAGCUCUGGUUUGGUUUGUGGACAGUCGGAGAGAAGUGGUUGAAGGAGAGGGCGCAUGGGCUAUUUCUCAACCGACCCUCCGAGUCACCCCUCCUCAAGGUCAGACGCAUCUUCGCCAUCCUCAGCGGUGUGGCCAAAGUGGCCAACCUAUUGAACUUCCUGCAUUUCCUGCGGCGGGGUCGGUUCCCCACUCUGACGGAGCGCCUGCUGGGUAUGCGGGUAGUUUUUGCGGGAUCACCAGGAGCCCAUGACGUCGGCUACCAGUACGUGAACCGCGAGCUGCUGUGGCACGGCUUCGCGGAGUUCCUUAUCUUCCUGCUGCCUCUCGUGGGUGCCUGGCGGCUCAGAGCCCGCGCCCUUUUGGCACCCCCGCAGCGGGAGCCGGGCCCCCUGGGCACCGAGUGCGCUAUAUGUGGGGAGUGGCCCACUAUGGCGCACACGCUGGGCUGCUGCCAUGUCUUCUGCUACUACUGCAUCAAGAGCCACAUGAUGGCGGAGGUGAGCUUCUCUUGCCCAUGCUGUGGACAGGAGGCCCAGGACCUAGAGCCAGUUAAAAUCCAGAUGGAGAUGACCAAAAUCCAGUGAGUGCAAGGAACCUCUACAGACUCUCCGAAUAAUUACAAAUUCACCUUAGUUUUCCUGGAUUUAUGUUAAAAUGUACAGGUUAUAGCUCUGCGAUGGGAUGGAUGGAUGGAUGUACAGGUUAUAUUGUAUAUUGUAUAUUUCUGUAUAAUAAUAAUAAAUACUGUGACCACCAGUG